ACAUUUUUGACGUUUUCUUUAAUUCCUGACAAUUUUGUUCAAAAUGGGAAUUCAAAAAUACAUAAAUUUAUUAUAGACAUAGUCGUGUGUUUUUGGUAUUCAUUACAAUUAUAGCCGUGAAAGAAAAUGGUGCGUAGCAGAAAAAUUCCUGCCCGCAAACACCAUGGAGUUCGAGACCCACUAAAACAACUUGAAGAAAAAGAAAAACAACUUAGGAAAGUUACGAACAAUCCUCCUGAACGUGAUAAUCAGCAAGUUUCUUUCAAAUUUGCACAAUUUAAAAAGCUGGUUGAAGACACCAAAGCUGGUAAGAAAAUUAAGCGAAUCCAUAAAGGAAAAGAAGAUAUACCUAAAGAUAAAUUAACACAUCCCAAAAAAAAUGGACACAUUCAACAAUUAAAAGAAGAGUCUGAUGAAGAUUACUUAAAGCGUGUGAAUAGAAUAACGUCCCAAUCCUUGCGGGAAGCACAAUAUGAAGCCAAGUAUGGUGUAAAUGUUAUUCGAAAUCCAAAAACUGGAGAAAUUUCAAUAAUCAAGAAGCCAAAGAAUGAAAUUGAUGAAUUACUAAGAGAAAAACAAAAGAAUAAAAGUAAAGGUAAUAUGUCCAGAAAUAAAGGAAAAGAAAAAACAGGAAAGCCUCUGGAUCCAGAAGUUGCAAAAGAAUUGAUUAAACAAGCCAUUAAGGAAGAUAAAGUAGAGAAAUCUCAUCAAAAUCACGAUUUGGAUGAAUAUAAACAUGAUGUAGUACGCUUUGGAGAAAUUGUACAUGCACCUCCAACAUUUACAACGUUGCCUCGAAGAGCUGAAAAAUCUGAGACCGUUCCAAGACCAGGAAAAAAAGCCAAUUUACUACUGAAAACACUAUUGCCUGAUACCAAAUGUGAUCACGAUCAAUUGGAGAGUAAAUGUAAACCAGUUUCAAGUAAAGUAGAAAAAGUAAGUCUUAGCGGUAAGAGGAAAAAACUUCCUGUUGCUACAAGAAAAAUGAUUGAAGACGAACAAAGCAAAUUUAUCGAAAUUUAUAGGAAUAUGAAGAAAAAACGAGUAUUGACAUCUUGAUAAUCAGGCUUAGAAUUACAGUGUAAUGUUUAUUUUAAAAUUAAAAGAUAACAAAACAUAUUUCAAAUAAAAAUCGUCUAUUUCAAUUAGCUAAAA